CUCCUCAUCACCACUUGCUAGACGAGCAGCGAUGUCAGACGAUCGCAUGAGCCUCGUCUCGCCCGUAGGGUACAGCAGCUCAACGUGCGGCUAUUGCACACCUCCCGGUAGCGGCCGCCGCUCCUCGAAGAAGAGCAGCAAGAGCUACGGCAUAUGGGCAAACGACAUGACGCCCGAGACGUACCAGCAGCUCCUCGACCGUGGCUGGAGACGGUCAGGACACUACAUUUACAGACCUGACAAUGGGUACAAGGGGACUUGCUGUCCGCAGCAUGCGUUUCGAUUACACGCCGACACAUUCAAGCCUUCGCGUUCGCACAAAGCCGCCAUGGCUGCACUCAAGGCAUUUGUGAGACAACCAAAGGCCUCGUCGUCAUCGUCUUCGUCGCACACGCUUCAGGAUUGUCACCCUGGGAAAGGAAAGUACUCGAGGCCGUGGGACGUCGAACGUGAAUGGGACCUCGUGCAAUGGGACAUAAAAGAUGAAGCGAUAGAGAAAGCACGGGCCGUGGGAUCAGAUUCGGAGACGACCGAGACGAAAAGGGCACAGGAGAAGCAGAGACACAUACACCGGAGCCGUGCAGGUGCAAAAGAGAGAGCACAGCGACGCGCUGCUACGCAGAGGGGAGAGAAGGACCAACGCUGGUGGAGUAAUCUCGAGCCGUUUCGAACAGGUCCAAAAAGACGUCGCUUUACAACUUCCCUGGCUUUGGCAACGUCGACAGAGGAAAAAUAUCAGCUCUUCCGAAGAUACCAGAUGCAGGUGCAUGGGGAGAGUGAGGCAAAGGUGUCGACUAUGCAAGGCUUCGAGAGGUUCUUGUGCAAGAGUCCAGUGCGGAUCACGAUGCCAUCGUACAAUACUGACGAGUCAGUCAAUGGGAGGAAAUCUCAUGGCAGAGAAGACGGGAAGACGGAAGAAGUCGUCUUGGAGUCCAUGGACCCGAUUGCUUACGGGCUGUACCACAUGGAGUAUCGGUUGGAUGACGAGCUCAUCGCCGUGGGCGUGCUCGAUGUGCUUCCCCGAUGCCUCUCGAGCGUCUACCUCUUCUACGAACCAAGACACGCAGACUUACAGCUUGGGAAAACGAGCGCCUUGCGCGAGAUCGCGCUUGUAAGGCAACUGUCAAGAAAGCUGGGAAUGCAGGGCUUGACAUACUACAAUCUCGGACUUUAUAUUCAUUCAUGCCCAAAGAUGAAAUACAAGGCCCAAUAUCAGCCCGCCGAGAUCCUUGAUUCGAAAACAUGCGAAUGGACGCCUUACGAUGUUGCCAAGCCUCUGCUGGAUGCAGGUGUGCGCCACAGCUUCUCCUCUUCGAAUGCGCUUCUGAAAGACCAGGUCAAGGGCAACGGAGCGAAAGCUAUCAAGGUUGACGCCAAUGGCAUCGAAGAUAUUCAGUCAGAAAAGGAUGUCGGCGAUCACGACGAUGACGAUGAUGACCACAAGCACGGCCACGACAAAGACGAAGACGAAGACGACGAUGAUGACGACGACGACGAUGAUGAUGAUGACGGGGAGAUACCAGAUCCACCACCUCCAGGUAUCGCGCCGCGGAAUGAGACAGAAAGACGCCUUCCGAUCUUGUCAAUGAGAACGUUGAUCCUCGAUCUCGAAGCUGGCCACAAAGUUUGCCUUCUCGCCCAAUCAUCGGUGGCGCAGGAUCCCACAAAGCUGCAUGGCAUCAUCGACUGCCUCAGUGCACUCAAUGACGUGGCCUAUCGCUUUGUCCUGUACGUCGUCUAGAUGUUGCUUGCAAGUCAGCAAUGUAGAAGUACAU